AUGGCAAAGUCCUACACUGUUUUUCUUCUCGCUGUUAUCACUGGCUGUAUGGCACAGUUUCCUGGUGAGAUUAUUACUAUUUUUUUCAAGUGAAUCUCAGUCUUCACAGUUUUGUGAUUUCUUAUGAACAUCGACUACAACCCGAUUUAAACUUUAUUCAAGACGAAACGUUUUGAGUAUGUAACUUCACUUUACUGAAAUCUGUUUUUGAGUUUGUUUUAUGUCUGAGUAUUCAGAAUAUUUUUUCGUAAGCUCACUUAUAUACUCAUAUUUGGCAUCAUUGGGUCCUCAGUCAUGCAGGAAACGUGUAGUAUUAAACGGCUAUAGUAUCCUUCUCGCCUAGUCCGCUCGCCAUCAUUAUAGCGCGCGGUCGAGUGGUCCCAGCGAGUUUUUGGCCAUUCGUCUCGGAUAUGUCACCGAAAUGUAUUGACCGAGAAGGCCUGGCAAGACGCUGUACAUAGGCACGUAUCCUUCCACUUACCUAUGUAGUUGGAGCCAACAACUGAUAUUCGGCGACCCUUCGGCUGCGGUAAUUCGUAUGCAAAAAGAGCGUGGAAUUUGUUCUAUCACUAAAACCAGUGACUAGAAUAUUUUGCUGCAUGCCGUUAAUAUCUAAUCGCAUCAUUUUUGUAAAUUUCAGUACUUUUAAUUCAAUUUAAUGUUGUUAUACAUCUUGUCGUCUUCUUUGCCAGGCCAGGGUAACAAAUACUACGGCUCGAUCUGUGAGAAUAAGAAAGGAAUUCUGCGUUGCCCAGGAACCCAAACCAUUACAGUCAAGUUUGCGAACUAUGGCAGAACUCGAUUCUUUAAGUGUGGGAUGGGCUUUAACACCAAAUGUAUCUCUGAAACGUCUCUUAAAAUAGUAAGUAUAUAUUUGAAUGUAUAUUUGGGUUUCUCUUGACAGCCCGGUACAGGAUUAGAGACUCGGCUUAAGUUAUAACAUUUCUCGACUUAAGGGUCAGUGGAAAUGAGAUGUUUGUACCCUGUUACUGCCGUAAAUUCACGAGUAGAUUACCUCUUACCCUGGAGAGGAGAAUGAGCUGCCUGGUAGAACUUUGUUACCAUUAUCAAGACUAAAUCUCGGUUGUUGGAGCACUGAUCUAGGGACAGAGCCAAUACUGGAUUCCUUGAUCACUGACAGAGCGAGGCAUUACUCAAUUUUAAUUCCUUUGUUCUAUCCUGUCCACAACUUGAUCCCUGGAAACUGAAUAUUAUCUGCCAGUUUUGAGAUUCAAAGUAAGCUGAAUUAUUGUUCUUAGGUGAGUAAUCUGUGUAACGGCAAAAACAGCUGCGUUCUACACGCCUCAGAUGAUGUAUUUGGUGAUCCGUGCUCUUGGACUAAGAAGUACCUCGCUCUCUACUGGGAAUGCGACUGA